GAGCGAGGGAGCGAGGGAGCGAGGAGCGGCCGGGUGUGAGUGUGUGUGGGGGUGGGGGCGAGUGUGUGUGGGAGUGGGGGUGAGGGAGAUCCAGACAGACCGCGAGGCUGUGAGAAAGUGGGCGAGUGUGCGAGGGCGCCCGGCCUGGCUGCGGGAGCCGCGGCGGUGGAGGAGAAAGGAGGCGGCUCCCGGCAUCCCUCCCCCCUCCCCCCCUCCUUCUCGGACUUCCAGCCCGCCCCGCAGCCCGCGGUUCCCUCGGAGGCCCCAGUCCGGCUCCGCUGGCAGAGAGCGAGGGAGGAGCCGCCCGAGCCAGAAAGAAUCUGCAUUCAGGAGGAAAUAAUCCAGGAGAAGGAAGACCAAGCAGAUCAAGAUGUGUAGCUCUGUGGCAGCCAAGUUGUGGUUUUUGACAGAUCGUCGAAUCAGGGAAGACUAUCCCCAAAAAGAGAUUUUACGAGCAUUAAAGACCAAAUGUUGUGAGGAGGAAUUGGACUUUAGAGCCGUGGUGAUGGAUGAGGUGGUACUGACAAUCGAGCAAGGAAACCUGGGUCUACGGAUCAAUGGAGAACUAAUUACUGCCUAUCCCCAAGUGGUGGUAGUGAGAGUACCAACCCCUUGGGUGCAAAGUGAUAGUGACAUCACUGUUUUGCGCCAUUUAGAGAAGAUGGGAUGCCGGUUGAUGAACCGACCUCAAGCCAUCCUGAACUGUGUUAAUAAGUUUUGGACUUUUCAAGAGUUGGCUGGCCAUGGUGUUCCUUUGCCGGAUACUUUCUCUUAUGGCGGUCAUGAAAAUUUUGCUAAAAUGAUUGAUGAAGCAGAAGUACUGGAGUUUCCAAUGGUAGUGAAGAAUACUCGAGGUCAUAGAGGCAAAGCGGUUUUCUUGGCUCGAGAUAAGCACCAUUUGGCUGAUCUAAGCCAUCUUAUUCGCCAUGAAGCUCCAUACCUGUUCCAGAAGUAUGUUAAGGAGUCUCAUGGACGGGAUGUGCGUGUCAUUGUUGUGGGAGGCCGUGUGGUUGGCACCAUGUUACGUUGUUCAACAGAUGGAAGGAUGCAGAGCAACUGCUCACUAGGUGGUGUGGGGAUGAUGUGCUCCUUGAGUGAACAAGGGAAGCAGCUAGCUAUCCAGGUGUCUAAUAUCCUGGGGAUGGAUGUGUGUGGCAUUGACCUAUUGAUGAAAGAUGACGGCUCCUUCUGUGUCUGCGAGGCCAAUGCAAAUGUAGGUUUCAUCGCCUUUGAUAAGGCUUGUAAUCUAGAUGUAGCUGGUAUCAUAGCGGACUAUGCCGCCUCCCUCCUGCCCUCUGGCCGGCUCACCCGGCGUAUGUCCCUGCUCUCCGUGGUGUCCACGGCCAGUGAGACUAGUGAGCCGGAGCUGGGUCCCCCAGCCAGCACUGCUGUCGACAACAUGAGCGCAAGUUCCAGCUCUGUUGACAGCGACCCUGAAAGCACGGAGCGAGAGCUACUGACCAAGCUCCCGGGGGGCCUAUUCAACAUGAACCAGCUGAUAGCCAAUGAAAUCAAACUCCUGGUGGAGUGACUCCACCAGUAAAUAAUUAACCAACAAAACCCUUGUAAAACUCACUUUCUUUUUCUUCUUUUUUUUCUUUCUUUCUCUUUUUUUUUAAACCAACUUGCAAUGCUGUUCAUGGAAGGGUACUCAGGAAGAUGAGAGAAAAUUGAGUAGAAUUAGGAGAGAAGAAAGGGAGAUAGACUAGACCUCUGCUAUUAAGAUGUUACUGACUAAUUUACAGAUAGAAUGGCAGAAGAGGUGAAAUACAGAAAAAUGUCAGGCUCUUAUGUUACCCUUUAAAAUUACUCAAUGUGUAUGCUCUCAGGUCAUGAAGAACACACAACUUUUUUUCAUGGCCCCUUGCUUUUGCUUUUGUACAGUUGCUACAGAUUUUGUCGUAGCGUUACUUCACAUUUCAUUGCAAAGAUUUGUAAUGAGAGGAAAACAUCUACCUAAAUUAUAGGAAUUUUUACAUACAACUCUGAAAAUUCUGCCUUUACCAUAUUAACUAGCAACUUUAUGUUCAUAGUUUAUGAAGUCUUGAGGAGCUCUUUUACUGGGAUUUAUUAUUUCUCUUUUUUGGUUUUCCUUUAAUUUGGGUGGGAGGGCAAUAUUAAUAUGACCCAAUAAAGGUUUCUUAAUGACAGAAUUGGCAUUUUCGUAUGAUGAAAGGGAAAUGAACAGUAUUGCAAUGUCUGGUACACAAAAUGACAUUUACUCCAAUGUAGAUAAAAUUACACUAGUUUAAAAUAUGUGCAUUGACUUGUAUAUGUUAGUGUUUUAAUCUUUUUUGAAAGAUACAUGCUCUGUUAAUGUUGCAGUUUUUUUUUAAUACAUGCUAGUCUAACAUUCCCUGAUCUAUGCCUGCAUCUUUAACAAUGGCCAAAGUGAAGAAAGUGCUACCUUUUUGUUAACAAGACACUGACUUGAAACAUGUGCAUUUAAAGCCUUUUUCUUUUUCCUUUUUUCUUUUGGUGGUUGGGCAUUUAAAGUAUAAGGACAAGGGAAAAUAUUUUUGGGGGGCAAAUCAAGGGCCUAUAAGUUCUUAAGUAUAAAGCUGAGGUGAUUUUAUAAUACCAGCAUUAUAUAUUUGCAUUUUUCACAUUUUAGGAGGGAGUAUAUAUAUGUGUGUGUGUGCACGCAUGCAUGUGUAUGUGUUUUGCUUUUUGUUUACACCAACUAAUCAAAAAGGAUAGAUUCUAGAAAAUGGAGCAUGAUGGGGAAACACAGUUUUUACUUUAAAUAACAGAUAACUUGUUUUAAUAACUACACUGGGGUAGAGGUACUCACUAAAGACAUAAAGAGAAUAGAUGCUUCUAAGGCCUUUUAAUGUAUAUGUAUGUUGUUUGGUUUUUUUCUUUGGUUCUAGACUGUUCAGUGUAUGAUUUAUUUAAGGCUACAUGCUUUUCUAUGCUUCUGGCUGUGCAUUUUCUCCUAUUACACACAGGUUUUAGGGUGGGGUGGACUGGACGUUUUUGUUUGGAGACUUAUUUUGCAGUAUUAAGUCUCUUAUAGCCCAACUCCGAAGCCUUCAAUACUGCCCACUCUUCAUAUAUUCCUUUAAUUUCUGAAUUUAUAAAAGCCCCAAAAUGGCAUAUAACACGAGCCUUUAAAACAUGGGUAAAUCUAUUUGAAUAAUGGGUUUGGAAGGUGUGUUAAGAAAUGGAGAUUCUCCAGAACUCAACGUAAUUUUUUUUAAACAGCAAGUUCCAUCUCACUACAAUCCUCUGAAGCUUUUACCUGAGUCCUUUCUUGCCUCUUCAGUGCUUUUUUCCUUCAGAUGGACCUUAAACAUAAUUUCUCGGACACUACUAGAGAGACUUCGAGGCAAUAAUAAAAGAUCAGUAUUAACCAGCUCUAACAGAGGUUUGAUCAUGCUUGUACAGUUUUUCCCCCGUUUUAAAAAGGAAUGUAAUAAAAUUUGUUCUUUUCCAUAGAAUUAAAUAAUAUUGAAAUUGAGUGAAAGGUUGAUUGUUGGCAAAUAGAAUAGUACCUCUAAUCUGUGCAGUGUCUCAUUUCACCUCAGAAAAAGAUGAUAAUAAGAGGAUUUUCUAAUUUAUUUUAAGAUAUUCUAAUCUCAUAUAAAAGAAUUUGCAUAGGGUUAUUGUGGACCUUACAUAUGUCUAUAAGUACCUCUGACUCAUUAACAGAAAGAAAUACUUGGUACUUCUUUCACUGAAUGACCAUAGGAGGAUGCAUAUUUGGGAUAGAGAAGUAAAUGAGGGAGAAAGAAGUGCUUAAUUAAGUUAUUCGUACGAUUGUGUAGAGAGCAUCUGGUUGUCACGUAAAUUAUGAUACAUUAAAUACUUACAUAUCACAUGUAUAUAGAUUUAUGAAUUUUAAAACAUAAAUAGAACACCCUCUCUACUUGAUGAAAAACUCAGGGUUUGUUGUUGGGUGGGAUAAGGUGUCAGGAAAAAUGUAGAUAGCCUUUAAAACUAUUUUACCAAACUAACCAAAUAUCAGAAUUAUGUGAGAUUAUUUCACCUUUAGUUUUAUUCACUACUGAUCGAUCUUUUGUGCAUUCACACUAUAUUAAAACAUAGCUUUACCAACCUAUUUCUGGACUUAUACACUCACAUGUUAGAAUAAAGAGGUUAGGAAUGAUCAUCUUAGCGUUUAAAAACAUGAAUAUCUUCUUGAACUCCCUCGAAAAUUAAGGUAAAGAAUAUGAUCAAAUCAUUCUGGAAGAACCCAGAUGAAACACCCCAGAUAUAUAAGUGAAACUUAAAUAUAUUUUCAUAUUGUUUAAUAACUUUUGUAUAAUCUUCAUUGCUAUUAUGAGAGCUAAAAAUGUAUUUAUCAAAUAUGUAUAAUUCUUAUCAUGCCCAAAUCUGAAUUAUUGUAAAAUUGUGUAUUGUUAAAAUUGUAAUUCUUAAUUGUAUUUUAAAAGUAAUUCUUUCUGAUAUUGUUUUUAUGUUACCUAUGAUGAAAACUGGACUACACAUACACACACACACACACACACACCCACCCACACAUCCCCAUGAACUAUUCCAUUUAAAAUUUUUAAUAGUUUUUUCUUUUUUUUGGUGCCUAAAAUUGAUUGGUCAUUUCUGCUGGCUUUUCCUUCACUGAACUUUGAAAUCUUUCUGUAUAUGCUAUCAAUAAGAAAAUAUGCUGGAACGUUAGAAAAAUCCACCAAGAGACUUGUUUUCAUCAAGCACUUUAUCAGACUUUUGAGAAGGUAUCGAAGGCAUUGGAAAGAAUUGACUUUAAAAAUCAUCUUUUUCUCAAGAAGAAAACAAUGGAAAAACAAAUUCUCUUCAUUCAGUGAAUCCCCAGUUUGGGGUCUGGGGAGCGUAGAGACAUUGUGAAAUCAAAUCUUGUGUUACAUUUUUCUCCUGGCUCACUCUUUUUGAGAAGGUUUAUGGGCUAUAUGGCUGGUGAGACACGAUCCCCUCCUAAGAAAAUGUAGGUGCUCAGACAGGUAACCUCUGCUGCUACUGUUUUUAUUUGUUUGUUUGUUUGUUUAAUUUCAUUUAAAAUUUGUUUUUGUUGUACUAGGAUAUUUUUAAAUGUAAUAUAUUGCAGGAUUUAUAACCAGGUUCACUGCUUUCUUUCUUUCUUUUUUUUUUUUCUUAAAAAAAAAAACAAAGUUUCAUUUAAGAUACAUUUAGGCGCCUUUGAAGCUUGGAUUUUGGAAUGUUUCAGUAGUGGACAGAAAUCUGCUGUUGGAAUCUUCUAGUCUUCCAGGUUUAAUUUGAAAUGUUUUUAGUUUUGUUUUGGAGUUUUGUGUGGUAUUUUAUUUCCUUUAUAUCAGUGCCCUUUUGCCAUGCUGUUUUGGGGUGGCUGCCUAACUCUAGUGAAAAUUCUUUCUAUAUUAACGGAAGUUUGGUGUUUUAAAUUCCUUAAUGUUUUGCAUUUUUUUAAAUUGUUUUUAAAGAAAUAUUCUAACUGCUUGCACUGUUACUGUUCUUUGCCAGCCUUUUCAGGAGCCAAAAAAACAAAAACAAACAAACAAAAAAAUACCCAGAGAAAAAACUUUCCUUCUUCCCCCUUCCUGAUGAUGAGUGAGAAGUAUUGAGAACUUUCGGGGUCAGUGCCCUUCUAAACUCCCCUUCCCCCAAUAAUGCAGCUGUAUAAUGAAUGGUAAAUGCAGCGGUUUGGAUUCAGGCACAGCCCCAGCCUGCUUGCAGCAGAGAGAUAAACUGGUAGGUGGCAGCAGAAGAAGGAAUUCUUCAGAUUGAUGGCUACUGAAAGAAUCUACAUAGAAGAGAUAGAGCAUAACAUAUCAAGUGAAGCAAAGGGGGCAGAAAAUGGCAACAGGACUAAAAUGUUUGGAUUUUGACUCUAAAUGGUUCUAUUGAAGUAACCAGUGAUCCUUUUUGCUUAUUACUUCAUUCACAGAAUGGACGAAGAUAGAUUUGACUGUAUGUUUUUUGAAAUGGAGGAUAGAAAUACCCAGAACAAGGAAGCAGUAGCUCUAACCUGUUUGAUUCAAUGUGUUUUCUAAAAUAAAAAUACCAGAACUGGGAAUAAAAUAGUAUGGAGUGUGAUUUGUUCUUUUGGCAGUUAUUCCUGCCCACUCCAUCUUAUAUGAAUUCACUUCAGUCCUUAUGGCUAGACUUGAAGUCUAGCUCCACAUGUGUCAUUCUCUUUAUUCUUUCCUUUUCUUCAUUUUGCAAACUCCUUUGGUUCUUGAGAUACUGAUUUUUCUAUAAUAUAUUCUGAAAUGAUUACUUCUCCUCUUAGUACAUAGGCACUAAAAUAUGUAUCAUUUUACAUGUAAAUAUGUAUUACAUGGAUUUAGCCCUGCCCUUUUCCAUCCCACUUUAUCUGUCCAUGCUAAAUAAUGGUUUCUGUGUUUUCUUAAUCUCUGAAGAAAUGCAGCUUUUUUUCUAUUUCCCUCUGACAACGCCCUGGCAUACACUCAUCACAGUAUCACUCACUGUUUUAAUCUUCUUGUAGCUAGAGACCAUGUCUGACCCAAUAUAUUUGAAUUAUAGAAGAUCUGAUACCUCUAUGUGUAUACAGAGGCAGCCCUAGUACUUAGGACAAAAAAUAUUGAUAUUCUUUGUAGUCAGAUAUUGAUAUAAAUUCUAAUUCCAUUAUUUACUGGUUACAUGGACUUUGG